AUGGCGGCGCGCCACCCCUACCUCCUCAGCCUCCCGCCAGAGGAGCUGCGGGCCGCGGUGAAACAGUUCCGGCGGCUGCUGCUGGAGCACGGUGGCAGCGACCCAGACGCGCUCGCGCAGGCUGCGCCCCUGCUGCUGGAGCCGGGGGUCAUGGCCGGCGUGCUGGGGGAGGUGCACCGGCAGCUGGGCGGCCGCAGCCCGCCCGGCCAGCUGCUGCAGCGCGCACCGCACCUGGCGCUCAGCUGCCAGGUCUGUGGCCGCGCUGGCGCCCUGGGGGCGUGCAUGCUUCGUUUUGCAGAGUGCUGGGCUGCGGGCUGA